AAUUUAUGUACUUAGCAGAGUGCAUCUUGGCAUACUGCGGAUUCCUCCAGUCACGCAUAACAACAGGAAACAGCAAAGGAUUUAAGUGCAUGUUAGCUCAGAGGGACCUGUGGCCUCUGGCCCAUGUCUGCUUCCCAUGACCCCGUGGCUUACGACGAUGACUCCAUGGCUCCAGACUAUGGCGAACUGCACAUUGACGGUGGCACAGCUGUCCAGCCAGGAGCCUGGGCUGGGAUUGUCAGUAUCCAGGAUCCCUGGGAGCCAGGCACAGGGCAUAUUUGUGGAGGGUCCCUCAUCAGCACAGAGUGGGUCCUCACAGCUGCCCACUGCUUCAUCAAUGCCAGGAACAGCAACACGUGGCACGUGGUGACCGGGGCCACCAGGUUGACUCAGCUGGGCCCUGAGGUGCAAGUGCGUCAGAUUAAGCAGCUACGGGUUCAUGAGCACUACACUCCUGGUGAGGAGAAGAAUGACAUUGCCUUGCUGAAGUUGGACCAGCCUGUUGUGUGCAGCCACUACGUACAGCUGGGCUGUGUGCCCGACUCCACACUGAAAGUGUCAGAGCUGAAAACCUGUUACAUUGCUGGCUGGGGUUCUAACACUACAAGAGCUCAAAGACCAAACGAUGUCCUGCAGGAGGCCAAGGUCCAUCUCAUUGAUGUCCAGCUCUGUAACAGCAGCCUCUGGUACACAGGGGCCAUCCACACUCAAAACCUGUGUGCUGGUUACCCCGUGGGUGGCAUCGACCCCUGCCAGGGUGACAGUGGUGGUCCUCUGGUAUGCAAGGAUAACGAUGCUGCCUUCUUCUGGCUCGUUGGUGUGACCAGCUGGGGAAAAGGCUGUGCAAGAGCAAACCAGCCUGGAGUCUACACCUCCAUUCAGCACUUCUAUGACUGGAUCCUGGUCCAGAUAGACCCACAGCCAGAUAGCAGGGCAUCAAGACAUUCUGUGACAGCCCUAACCCCCCCUCAGAAGCCAAGGCCAAUACCAACACCAUCGGGCAGGUUUAGCUCCUGCCCAAUUUCACUCCAGAAGCUGGUGGAUUUUUUUACUCAGGUGCAGAAGUUCCUUGAGGUCCUAAGGAGAAAACUGGCUAGAGAAGCAGGAUGAAUAGGAUCCAAUGCAGGCUGCAGUGAACCGUGACCAUUUUCUUUUGGGGCAACGCCUGCUGAUCCAAAGGCAGCCUCAGUGCCUAAGGCCUGCUCUACCCUGCUCACGCUUCUCUGUGUGCACACAAAUCCUGAAUCUGACUUAAUUGUGGAAAUAAAGUUGCCUGAUUUCACUGUUAAAGGUGUUUUCAGUCCCAGACAGUCUCCCGUGCAAGGCAAGGACUUCCACAUCUGGUACAUGCAAAGUUAGGUUGAGGAUAGAUAUCAGGUGCAAUAGAAAAGAGUCAGUCCAAAGGACUGAAACUCUCUUUGAUCAGAGAGGAGGGCAAGGGUGCAGUAGAAGAAGGGAACACAAGUCACAGAGCAAUGAGGGGCUUACAGAUAUUAGAAACAGCAGUUAGAAGUCCAAAGUGUUUUAGGCUGCCUGCUGGUGGGAUCAGUCUGUGUUUGUGUGCACACUGGGGAAAAAGUGGACUCUUUCAUGACCCAGGAGACGUGGUUUGUAGAAAGACCCAAGCUUUGCACCAAGGGCUGGGUAAGGAACUUGACAUCCAGCCACAGACAGCAUAGGGAUAAAUUUCAACUAAUUUCUAUACUGUUAUUUGAGGAACAUGCUGUGCUUAUGAAUGUAGGGAGUGAGGUUGUGUUCAUGUUUCACUAGAAAACAUCCAUUCCAGAUCACCUGGCAAGGCAGAAAAGGACUGGACCAUGUUCAUGAAGGGGGUCGUUAUUGAUACUUGGGUGCCAGUAAAUGUAUUGCUCUGUCUACGCCAACCUGGUUUGCUGUUCACAGUAACUGUGUAAGUCCCCGUGUCUGUGUUGGUGUACCUGGCUCUCUGGGAUGCACACAUGCACAGACACACAGUUUUGUCCUUUAGGAAGCAGAGCUAUACCUAACAAAUAGCUCAGAGCUAUCAGCUACCACAGACACUGCUCACCUCUGAUGUUACUUCCAAACAUGAAUUAUCAUACCAGCCAG